CUGGAGCGCCCCGUGCGCCCCGCUCCCUCCCAGGUCCCUGCCCGCCUCCCCUCCUGCCAUGGGCGCCGCGGGCUCGCUGCUGCUGGAGCGCCUCGGCGGGACGCGCCGCCCCGCGCUGUCCGGGGCCGCCUGGCUCGGGGCGGCCGCGCUCGGCCUGGGCGCCGUGGCGCUGGGCACGAUCGUCUGGCGGCGCGCGCGGCCCCGGCGGCGCCGGCGGCUGCAGCAGGUGGGCACCGUGGCCGAGCUGUGGAUCUUCCCGGUCAAGUCCUGCAAGGGGGUGGCGGUGAGCGAGGCCGAGUGCACCGCCCUGGGGCUGCGCUGCGGCCGCCUGCGGGACAGGUUUUGGCUGGUGAUUAAGGAAGACGGACACAUGGUCACGGCCCGGCAGGAGCCCCGCCUGGUCCUGGUCUCCAUCGCCUACGAGGACGACUGCCUGGUCUUCAGGGCGCCGGGCGCGGAGCAGCUGGUCUUGCCCAGCAAGCUGCCUUCCUCCAACUCGGUGCACGACUGCAGGAUUUUUGGUCUUGACAUUAAGGGCAGGGACUGUGGCGAUGAGGCCGCUCAGUGGUUCACCAACUUUUUGAAAACGGAGGCCUUCAGGCUGGUUCAGUUCGAACAGAGCAUGAAGGGAAGGGCGUCGAGGAACAUUUUCCCGUCUUUUGUGCAGGACUACCAGGUGGCCUACCCGGACUGCAGCCCGGUCCUGAUCAUCUCCGAGGCCUCCCUGGCGGACCUGAAUACCAGGCUGGAGAAGAAGGUGAAGAUGGACCAGUUCCGGCCAAAUAUCGUGGUGACGGGCUGUGAUGCCUUUGAGGAGGAUACCUGGGAUGAAAUCCGAAUUGGCAGCACGGAAAUGAAAAAGGUUUUGGCUUGCCCCAGGUGCAUUAUGACCACGGUGGACCCAGAUACCGGAGUGAUAGACCGGAAGGAGCCCCUGGAGACCCUGAAGAGCUACCGCCUGUGUAAUCCUUCGGAGAAGCAAAUAUACAAGUCGUCCCCACUUUUUGGGAUCUAUUAUUCGGUGGAAAAAAUUGGAAGCUUGAAAGUGGGCGACCCCGUGUACAAGAUGAUGUAAGCAUCCAGGAGACUUCAAUCAGGAUUUUAACUACAAUAACAACGCCGCCUGGGAGAAUCCCAUCACCAGCCUCUGGUCGUCUUCGCCCUGGACACGAACCUUCGUUUUUGACUUUUUGGAGUUAUUCCUGCUCCGAGUUAAUGCAAGGAAAGUAUUAGAGGUGAUUUGGGGGAUAAGGAGGUUAUAUAGAUUUUAGGUGAGGAAGACUGUUUCAAUGAAUAAAAUCAUCCAUAGAAUGAUUUUGAAUGGUACUGUAGCUCUUCCACUUCUGACAUUAAUUCUGACGAGUGAAGAAAGUAUAAAGAAUCUGCUGAAAAGCUGCCCAAUUUUCCCCAAACGUUUACAUUUUAUUACCUCCCAUUCCCUGUUUGAGGCGAAAUGAAGAAUAGCAGGUUUCCUGAUGUGCCUUUAUAGAUGAACACACAAAAUUCUGUUAGUCGGUUCUUCACACGAGGAUAUGUUUUCAAUUGAUUUUUAGAGUGAGUGGGAGGGAGGGAAGGAGGGGCAGAGAGAAACAUAGAGGUGAGAGAGACACAUUGAUUGGUUGCCUCCCAAACUCGCCCUGCCUGGGGUGGGAGAUCGAACCUGCAACCCAGGUAUGUGCCCUUCAUCGGGAAUCAAACCCACAACCUUCAGGGGGCAGAUGCUCUAACCAUUGAGCAUACUGGCCAGGGCUCUAUUCGUUGGUUUUACAUGGCUGUUGAGUCCUAGGGACCUUCCAUUCAUGUACUUUUGACCCGACCACCAUGGAAUCAAGGUUGUACUUGAGUUAGGGCAGUUAUUUUAUAAACCUUGUUUUUAUAUUCAAUUAUGCCUCUCUUAAGCUGUAUAAAAGUGAUUGUGUAACUGCCGGAUACGCCGCCUGGAAAUCUAGGUGUGAUCAAGAAGAGAACUGGGAUGUAAAAGAGAACGGAAGUUUGAGAAUGGAAUAGGAAUAAGAAAGGUUGCCCAAAGAUUUUUAGGCGCAAAUCAUUUUUUAUUUUGGUAACCAAGAGAAAUGAACUCUUUCGGUAUGACGCAACAAAAAUUCUCACUGAAGUAAUAAAUAUGUGAAUGAACUCAC